UUUGUCUCUUGCUCUGUGAUUGUAGAAUUCCAUGAAUCUUCCACCUGACAAAGUGAAGCUGCUCUGUCAGUACGACAACGAGAAGAAAUGGGAGUUAGUGUGUGACCAGGAACGGUUCCAGGUGAAGAAUCCUCCGUCAGCAUACAUUCAAAAACUUAAGAGUGUAUUAGAGCAGGGAGGAGGCAGAAAGUUUAAAAGGCGAGUCCAAGAAUCCACACAAGUUCUGAGAGAGUUGGAGAUCUCUUUGCGCACCAAUCACAUCGGGUGGGCUGAGGAGUUUCUAAAUGAAGAAAACAAGGGUUUAGACGUGCUAGUGGACUACCUCUCUUUUGCUCAACGUGCAGUCACAUAUGACAUGGACAGCUCUGAUAAUGGAAGCUUUGAAGAGAAAUCUGUGGAAGAUUUGACCACCAGUGCGACAAACUCCCCUACCCACAAUUCCCCACGCUCAGGACGCCCCUUCACCACAAGGAAAGCUCUGCGAUAUUCGCGUCUGCUCAGCCAGAAGAACCACCUGCACCUCUGCAUCAUGUGCCUCCGUGCCAUCAUGAACUACCAGUUAGGGUUUAAUCAGGUGAUGGCUCAUCCCAACUGUGUCAAUGAAAUCACCCUGAGUCUCAACAACAAGAAUGCCAGGACUAAAGCUCUGGUUCUGGAGCUCCUUGCUGCUGUCUGUUUGGUUCGAGGAGGUCACGAAAUGAUUAUUGCAGCCUUUAAUAAUUUCAAAGAGGUGUGUGGAGAGAAAAACAGAUUCGAGAAACUCAUGGAGUAUUACAGAAAUGAUGACAACAACAUUGAUUUCAUGGUGGCUUGUAUGCAGUUUAUCAACAUUGUAGUGCACUCAGUGGAGAACAUGAACUUCCGAGUGUAUUUACAGCAUGAGUUUACACAACUAGGACUAGACAGCUAUCUGGAGGAGUUAACUGUCACUGAGAGCGAGAGGCUGCAGGUGCAGAUUCAAGCAUAUCUGGAUAAUGUGUUUGAUGUCGGAGCGAUGCUAGAGGACGCCGAGGCCAAAAACACAAUAAUGGAACAUCUAGAGGAGCUACAAGAACAAAACACACAGCUAAACACUAGACUGCAGCAGUGUGAGAGUGAAGCUGUGGAGAAGACGUCCGAACUCGAGAAACAACUCAUACAGAGUAGGAAAGAGGUGGAACUUCUGAAGGACAGUGUGAAGGAGACACAGGCUCAGCUCUCUCAGCUGCAGCAGAAGGAGAAAGAGAGAGAGACACACCGUGAGAAAGAGCAGGAGCGAGAGAGAGACAGACAGCGCUCCGCUAAAGCUCUGACCGAGCUGGAGAAGAUGGUCCAGGUUCUGGUGGAUCGAGGUCUGAUCCGCAUGGACAGAUCCGAAUCCGGCUCUCUGGAAUUACACAUUAUGCCAGCUGCUAACACAACAGAUGUUCGAUCUCUGGAGAAGGGAAUGGAGGUGGUGCGUAAGGAGUUUCUCCAGCAGAAAGACAGCGCUGUCCUCACAAACUUCAUGUCCAAUAACGGCAGUCUGCUGGACUCUGUGGUCAAAGACAGCAAAACUGCAGAGGAGGUCUAUCACUCAGUGGUGGAGUAUUUCGGAGAGGAUCCCAAAUCCACACCUCCUUCUGUGUUCUUCCCUGUUUUUGCCAGGUUUAUCAAAGCAUAUAAGCUGGCCGAACAGGAGAAGGAACAGCGCAAGAAGAACAUCUCCGAGACUGAUUUCGGCACAGAUUUACACAUCUCUGACUCUCCUGUGAACACUGCAGUGACUAAUAGGAUGCCGGCGCUGCCACGCUUCCCUCAGAUGGAUCUGAUCGCAGAGCUGAAGCGCAGGCAGAUGACGCCGCUCGUGAGAGAGGGCAAAGACGGAGCCAUCGAGGACAUCAUCACAGACUUGAGGAAGCAGCCGUACAUCAGAGCAGACGGAGGAAGACGAAGCGCCAAAUGGAAACCAGCUCAGCAGCUUCCCGUGUCGUCUGACAUCUCUCUGUGAAACACACACAGCUCAAAGCAUCCCGCGACGAAGCCACACCACACAUGAAGCCAAAAACAGUUUACAAGAAACAUUUAAACAGCUACAUUAUGCUAUUUGAAUGUAAAUUAUAAAAGCUCAACUAUUUAUGUACAAUUUAGCAAACAACUUUAUGGUCAAUCUCAAGAAACCUUUCAAGAAUGUGUGCUUGUAUAUUUCAGAUCUCACCCCAAAAUUUAAAAAA